GCUCUCUUUCUCUCUCUCCCACUUGCCGUUGUUCCUUCUCUAUCUAUUCACACACACACACCUUUGCCCCUGCAGAGGCGUUGUACAUGCAUAUGAAUCAAUCGAGUGAAGAGGAAAAGAGAUGAUAAAGGAGAGAAUGUUGAGGUUGCAUAGGCACAAGUCAUCAUCUGAUAAAUCUGGAGACAGAGUCCUAUUUAAUUUCUCCAACAUUCAGGCGCUUCAGGUACCCAAAGGGUGGGACAAACUUUCUGUAUCUCUUGUUUCCACAGAAACAGGAAAAACUCUAAGCAAAUCAGGUAAAGGAUCAGUGCAGAAUGGAAGUUGUCGAUGGACAGAGACUUUAUCAGAUUCUAUACGAAUCUCCCAUAAUGAUGCUUCAAGAGAUCUGGGGGAAUGCCUCUUUAAGCUUCUUGUUGCCAUGGGAUCAUCCAGAUCCGGUAUACUAGGAGAGGCUACAAUCAACCUGGCAGGUUACAUGACUUCAAAAGCUUCUGUACCUGUUUCAUUACCUUUAAAAAAGUGCAGUCACGGGACAAUUUUACAAGUUGAAAUUCAGUGCCUAACACCAAGAACAAUUGUCAGGGAUGAGAAAUGCAAAGACAUGAAUUCCCAUGCAGAAGAGGCAAAUGUGGAUUAUGAUGACAUCGAAAGCAAAUCGGACAUGUCUGAUAAUACUUUCACAAAGAGUGUUGGAUCUUUGUCAAGUAACCCUUUUGGCAGUACAUCUCAACCAGGAGAACUUUGUAGCAGGGAGACAAGUUUCUCAGCAUCAGGUUCACAUCGUAGCUUUGACUCCAUGGAGGACUCUUUAGGCAGGGAAAGUUUUUCCCCUCAAAGCAACUUAAGUGGGACUGUGAGCAAUAUGAUUGGGAGGCAAGAUUCAGUGGGCUCCCAAAUCUGUGCAUCUUACGGCUCUUCUCAUGUCUAUGAUUCUCCUGGAUCUAGUCAUUCCGCUUCUAAUUCAGGUAUCUCAGUUUCAGGCAAGCAUAUUCAGAAUCCAAAAGAAGACUUUGGACGAAUGUCACAUGCUGUUGCUACAUCACCUUUACGGAAUACUAAUUCCUCUAAAAUCUUUUUGGAAUCUGAAGAAUUUAGAGCAGAAGCUAGGAUAUGGGAACAAAAUGCCCGGAAAUUGAUGCUUGAUUUGGAAAACUUGAGGCAGGAAUUUGCUGAACAGUCAAAACGCAUGGCCAACCUGGACAUGGAGCUUGCUGCAUCACAUACAGAUUGUGAUGGAUUGAAGCAGGAAAUUGAACAUCUGAAAGUUCUCUUAGAAGAAGCCACUGCUAAACAAAAAGCUAAUGAGAAUUUGAAGCUGCAAGCCAAAGAUAUGGACAAGAUUCACAGGGAGUUGGAAGAUGAGAUAAGGUUUCAAAAAGAAUCGAAUGAUAAUUUAGCUCUGCACCUGAAGAAAACUCAAGAAUCAAAUGUUGAGCUAGUUUCUGUCCUUCAGGAAUUGGAGCAGACCAUAGAAAAACAGAAACUGGACAUGGAAAAACUUUUGACCGUAAAAUUGGCGUCCAAUCAUGCUGGAGAGAAGUAUAACAAUGUGCGUCAGGAAAAUGGAGAAACAAUUAUAAGCGAGGAAGUUUCAGCUGAGAAAAAGAGGAAGGCAUCGUGUGAUUCAUAUUCUGAAGGCAAUUUUGUUGAUCACUCAAUAACAGAUUCAAACACCCUACCUGAAGCAGAGGGGAUUUGGAACUUAGAGAUCCAGUUACAGCAGUUGAGGGCAUCACAGAAUAAUCUGGAAAAUACCAUCCUAUGUCUGGAGAAAACCCUGGAAGACAAAUAUCAGGAGAUAGAACUCCAGCAGGAUCUCAACAGCAAGGCUCUACUGGAUUGUGAGGCAGAAUGGAGAUAUAAAUUAAAUGUAAAAGAGGAAGAAAUCAUCCAUUUGGAAGCCAAGUUAUCAAAAGCUUGCAGUGCUCAAGAUCCAACAGGAAUAGAGUUUAAGAAUAAUGGUGAACUAGAUCUAACCAAAGAAGUCGAAUCUCUAAAAGAAAAGAUUCAGGAGCUUGAGAGAGAUUGCAAUGAACUCACAUACGAAAACCUGGAACUUAUAUUUAAGCUCAAAGAAUCAGGAAAGGAUCAUUCUACUAGUAAAUCCUCUUUUAAUGCUGCAUCCAAUGAGAAUACAGCUACUCAUUUUUCCAGUAAUUCUGAAUCUGAAUUAAGCAAACUCGAGUCCCCCUUUCAGCAGGAAUGUGAGAUGAAUAAAAAAGAAAUCCUUCCUGAUACAGUAGCCUCAGAUCACUUGCAGAUGCGAUGUAGUGAUCUUGAAAGCAAGUGUACACACCUAGAGCUCCAAUUGCAAACUUUUGAGGACGAAGCUCGUAUUCUUAAUACUGAACUCCAGAAAUGUCGUGCCAAAGAACAAGAGCAGGAAACUAAGAUUACUGCAUUGCGGCAACAAAUAGAAUGUCCCCAAAGAGAAAAAACUGGCAGUCAGUACCCCGAUGCUGAUAUCUGUAUGGCGUGUGAGAAUACUGAACAAAAAAUGUCCUCUGCUGAGAAUGGAUUAUUCCCGGCAUUAUGUGAACAGCUUCAAAUCUUGUUGGUCAAUGUGAAGAAGCAACAGUAUAGUCAUUCAGCCAUAAAAACUGGAUGUUCAUAUGAUAGCAAUAAUCUUCAUGACACAAAAUGCUCAGAUCCAAUUCUUAAAAUAGAGCAGACUCAGGCUAUGUUGGACAAGUUAAUCCACCUGAAUGAACUACUCGGAUCAAAAUUAGCAUGCUCUCAAGAUAAGUUUCAAAGUAGGGAAGAGAAUAUUUCAGCACGAGCCACACAUGUUUAUGAAGUCCAACAUAAACUGGAGAGUGAUGAAUUGGGUGAGUAUAUCCUUAGUGCUUCUAGUCAAGAACUUCAAAGUUUAAAUAAGGAACAGGGAUCCAGGGUUGAAGAUCUGAGUAAUGAUCUACUAGCCAAAACCUCUGAGGUACAAGAAUUAAAAGCUGACUGUUUGCUGAAGGAUGAAGAGAUCAAGGCUUUAAGAUGUCGCCAAAGGGACUUGGAAACUCAACUUUCUGAUGUACAACAGAUAGACCGUCAGAUGGAGGAAAAAAUGGAUAUUAUGCAAAGAGACAGUAGUAUCACCUCCAAAAGCUUGGACAAUCUAAGGGAUGAUAUGAUGGUGCUCAGCAGCAAUAUGAAUUCUCACAUCUCGGCCUACAAGACUCUUGAAAGGGAAAAAUUGGAGCUAGAAAGUGGCAAACAUGAGUCAGAGCUCCACUUGUCUGAAUUGGAAGAAGAAAAUGUAUGCCUAUCAGAAAGGAUAUCUGGCUUGGAAGCUCAAUUAAGAUACUUGACAGAUGCAAGGGAAUCAAGUCGUUUGGAAGUGCAGCAUUCAGAAUCUCUUGUUAUGAAUCUUCUGGAUCAGAUCCGAAAAUUAGAAAAUGAAAUGGAGGCACAAAAAGUUGAUAUGAAAGAGAAGUUGCAUAAUGUGCAAAAGAGGUGGUUAGAAUCCCAAGAAGAGUGUGAGUAUCUAAACAAAGCAAAUCUAAAAUUACAAGCUACGGCAGAAAGUCUCAUUGAAGAAUGGGGUUCCCUUCAGAAGUUGAAUGGAGAGCUAAGGAGACAAAGAUCAGAACUGCAUAAUCACUGUACAACCAUGGAAGUGGAACUAAGGGAAUCACGAAAUGUUCUAUCUGAAUCUUCAAAUAAAAUUGAAGCUUUAGAAGCCAAAUUCUCCUCAAUGCUGGAGGAGAUUGCCUCAAAAGAGAGAGUCUUGGUUUUAGAACUUGAUGCACUCCAUCUCCAAAAUAAAGAACAGAAAGAGAAACUUGUUCUUGGGGAGAGAUUGCUGAAUCAACUGUACUUAGAGAAGGCAGAUGAAGCUGAAAACCUACAACAAGUGUUAGCUCACCUCACUAAUCAGAUAACUGCAACUCCUGAUGAAAGGGAGAGAAAAGCUUCAGAAGCUAUACUUGAAUUGCAUACUUUACAUGUGGAUAAAAGUAAGCUGGAAGCAGCUCUUCAAGAAGUACAAGGCAAAGUUGAAUUGUCUGAGAAGAAGCUUAAUAAUGUCCAGAUGGAAAGUGAAACAAAGGUUCUAGAGUUGAAGAGAGAGCUUGCUACGUCCAAACAAAAUCACGAAGUUCUGGUGGCUAACCAUGAGAAGUUACUGGGAUUGUUGGAAAAUGCAAGAUCUAACGAAGACAAACUUAAAGGCAUCAUUAAAAAGCUUGAAUCAGAACUUAGGUCCACUGAGUAUGAAAGACUACAACUGGCUGAAGAAACCUCCAGCCUCAAGAUUCAACUCCUGAGAGUACCAGUCCUUCAAGAUGAAGUUUUGGCUCUUAAGAGCUCACAAAAUGAAAUGAAAUUUGAAAAUGAAAGACUAGAAACUUCAUUACAGCUGGUAGCCGGGGACUUUGAAGAACUGAAGGCUGAGAGAAUUUUAUUGUUGCAGAAAUUGUCUGGCAUGCACAAUGCUGUGCCUGAAUUAGAGGACUGCAGACGAAAUAAAAUUGCAUUAGAGGAAAAGAUUUUGCGGCUGGAGGGUGAUCUAACUGCAAGAGAAGCAUUAAAUGCCCAGGACGCUGAGAUGAAAAAUGAGCUUGGCCGCCUUAGGAGAGCUAUUAGCCAAUUCCAAUGGAAGAUAAAAUGCCUUGAAGAGGAAAAAGGAGAGAGUAUAAAAGAGUUUCAAAAUCUCAAAGAGGAACUGAAAAAGGAAAAAGCAGUAAAACAGCAUCAAAUCGAGCCUGCUACUGAGCAUUUGCCGAUUUAUCCUCAAUAUAAUUAUACAAGUUCUAUCCAUGAAGAAUUUGAGCUUUCAGAGGUUGAUGGCAAACACGAUAAUUAUACUAGUUCUCAAAAGAGAGCAAUUGAUCUCGCAUCAAGGAUCCAAUACCUUGAGAAUGAACUUUCUGAGGCUUUAGAGGCCAAUGCCAUGUAUAAAUCCCAGCUUAGGAGUUUGUUGUCCCAAAGACAAAAUAGUGAAUCAGAUGCUCCCAAGAAGUUAGAAGCUCAAGAGAAAGAAACCAACAAGGAAGAAGAUAAACAGAAGGAAUCAUUUCUUGAGGCAGAGUUGAGAGAAAUUCAAGAGCGCUACCUCCACAUGAGUCUUAAAUAUGCAGAGGUAGAAGCUCAGCGUGAACAACUUGUAAUGAAGCUGAAGACCAUCAAAUGUCAAUGACGGGAGGAACUGAUUUACGUAAACACGGGACUUGAAGUGAGUUUUCAUUUUCCCUGGUCCCCCGAUCACUUUUUUCCCUAUCUGAACUCGGUUCUUUUAAAUUCUAAUUGCUCCAAUACACAAUCAUAGAGAAUAAACACAUAUAUUGUCCAUCAGAGAACCUCAGGCAGUGGAUGAGGCUGCUGGUAACAGCUUAAAAAAAGAACAGAAAAGAAAAUUGGUGAUUUGAAAGAGUGAUUUCAUUUGGCAUUUUUUUGUGGGGAAGAAAUGAGAUGUCUUGUACAGGAUGUUACACUUCUGUAUGUAGCUGUAGUACUGAAAGAAAAUAGCCUUUUUUUGUCUACUCUCAGUUCUCAAUUUCAAAGGUAAUGUUCAGAUGCCCAGUCAAC